AUUGCUGUUACUUUCGUUUUUCGUUAAAAAAAAUUUUUCAGACUGCUUGUCGUGUCGUCUCCUACAGCUCUCUCUGUCUUCUACUGCUCCAGUUUGAUUCCAUCAAUGGACUAUGGCAGCUUAACUAUCAACAAGACAAGAGGCAAAAAUGGCAACUCUCUCUCGCAAAUCGUUCUCCUAUAUGCCUAAACAGUUAGCUCAAUGCAAUAACUCAACCUCACACCCAACGCCAUCGCCAACUUUCGUUCCAUUCUCUGAGCUUCAACAACAGUUAAGGCUUCUAGAAUCCCAGUUAGUCUCUACAAUUGAGUCCUGCACCAACCUCGCCCAAAUCAAACAAGUCCAUAACCACAUUCUCCGUAAAGGCCUUGACCAGCGCUGCUAUGUUGUCACUAAGCUUGUACGUACACUCACCAAUCUCAAUAUUCCAAUGGAUCCUUACCCUCGCUCUAUACUUGACCAGGUCAAGUGUCCUAACCCUUUCCUAUACUCUGCUGUCAUUCGGGGUUAUUCAAUUCAAGGACUUCUAACUGAAUCUGUUAAAGUUUAUGGUUUAAUGAGAAAAGAAGGCGUUGGACCUGUUUCAUUUACGUUUUCAGCUAUUCUUAAGGCCUGUGGUUCGGUUCUUGAUGUGGGUCUGGGGAGGCAGAUGCAUGCGCAGUCAAUUUUGAUUGGUGGAUUUCGUUCUGAUUUGUUUGUGAAUAAUACUUUAAUUGAUAUGUAUGUAAAAUGUGGGUUUAUUGAGUGUGGACGUAAAGUGUUUGAUGAAAUGCCUGAAAGGGAUUUGAUUUCUUGGACUGGGUUAAUUGUUGCGUAUGCAAAACUUGGUGAUAUGGAAUCUGCACGUGAGUUGUUUGAUGGGUUGCCUGUUAAGGAUAUGGUGGCUUGGACAGCAAUGGUCACAGGUUUUGCGCAGAAUGCUAAGCCAAGAGAGGCAAUUGAGUUUUUUGAGAGAAUGCUGGACACUGGCGUUGGAACUGAUGAAGUAACUUUAGUUGGUGUUAUUUCAGCUUGUGCUCAAUUAGGUGCAGCUAAGUAUGCUGAUUGGAUUCGUGAUAUUGUUCAGAAACCUGGGUCUGGUGCUAGUCAUACAGUUGUUUUAGGAUCAGCAUUGAUCGAUAUGUAUUCAAAGUGUGGAAGUGUUGAUGAUGCUUAUAAAGUUUUUAAGGGAUUGAAAGAUAGGAAUGUGUUUACUUAUAGCUCAAUGAUUAUAGGGUUUGCGAUGCAUGGGCAUGCUGAUGCUGCGAUUAAAUUGUUUAAUGAAAUGGUUAAAACAGAGAUAAAACCAAAUGAAGUAACAUUUAUUGGACUGCUUACUGCAUGUGUUCAUGCAGGUAUGGUGGAAGAAGGUUUAAACAUGUUUGAAUCUAUGGAAACACAUUAUGGCGUUAAACGGUCAGCCGAUCACUACACUUGCAUAGUGGAUCUGCUUGGACGAGCUGGACGUUUGACAGAAGCAUUAGAACUUGCUGAAACAAUGCCAAUUAAGCCUCAUGGAGGAGUCUGGGGAGCUCUUCUAGGAGCUUGUCGAAUCCAUGGUAAUCCUGACAUUGCUACAAUUGCAGCUACCCAUUUGUUUGAGUUGGAACCUAAUGCUAUUGGAAACUAUAUCAUGCUCUCGAAUAUAUAUUCAUCAGCUGGUAGAUGGAAUGAUGUUUCACAGAUAAGGAACUUGAUGAGAAAGAAAGGUCUGAAGAAGAAUCCUGGGUGUAGCUGGAUUGAAUCAAAGAAAGGAGUUGUUCAUGAAUUCUUUUCGGGCAAUAUGACCCACCCGAUGUCUAAUGAGAUUAAGCAAGUGUUAAUGGAUCUUCUGGAUAGAUUGGAGGCUAAUGGAUACAAGCCAAACCUGUGUUCUGUGCCUUAUAACAUGAGUGAUGAAGAGAAGAAGCAUAUACUAAUGACUCAUAGUGAGAAGUUAGCUUUAGCGUUUGGGUUGAUUGUUACAAGUCCUGGUUGCCCCAUAAAGAUUAUGAAGAACUUAAGAAUCUGCCAAGAUUGCCACUUAUUUAUGCGUGGUGCAUCUCAAAUCAUGGGAAGAGAGAUUAUUGUAAGAGAUAAUAUGAGAUUCCAUCAUUUCCAUAAUGGGAUAUGCUCCUGCGGUAAUUUCUGGUGACUUAAUGGGAUUUGAAUGUCAUCCAGGUUUGGAUAUUACCAUUGGAAUCUAUGCAGCAUGAAUAUGAAUAGAAGAUGCUACAAUGAUUUGACACGGACAUUGCCAGCAGAGCCAUUCUUUAAAAAAUUUAGCAUAUUAUGAUGGCAUGUGAGAAGCUUAACUUCUGUGAUAGAACUGCCGGACUCCAACACUAACCCGAAAGUAAAAUGUCUUUGAUUCAUAGAUUAGAGAUAGCCUGACAGCUACCCUUGGAUGCCUCCAGAGCACUCAGAAAUUGAGUAAUGGAAGAACAGGGAGAAAAUAGCACUAAGCUUGGACUAGCUAUUUCUGAAGAAGAUGCAUCCUUUGAUGCCUCCCCAUGCGAACGAGCCAAGCAAAAAUGGUCCAAGACUGAAGAUCCGGCGGUCGAUUUUUUUUUUUUAUAAAGUUUAGAUUCUUUACCUUUUUUUUCUGGAAGAAAAUAGCAUUAUUAUUAUUAACUAAAAGGAACAGAAUCAGCUAAAACAAAAGCAACAUUUUAAUAAUGGUUUAGAUUUCUAAUAUAAUAUCACAACCCAGAUGUUAUUCUUU